AACAUUCGUCCUUUAGCCCUUGGUCAGUCUACUGUGUGCUGUGCGACGACGACUAAAGAGUGAAGCUUUGAUAAAAUCGAUCCACCCGCAUCCACCUUGAUUGCUGAAGUGCACGCCGACUACUAGUCGGGCUAGUGGUUGAUUUGUUUCAUCGAACCGAACCGAAGGCAAGCUGCCACGACUACUAACACGAGCGAGCGAGCGAGCAACCCCAUCACGGCCACUGCUAGGUUCCCGAGCUACAAGCAAACCCAAUACGCACCGUUCUAAUAAUAACGAGAAAAAAACAACUUACAUAUCGAUACACAGGUAUAGGAGAUUAAAUCCCUUGUGGUAGGUGUUGUACGAACGAACCAAAACCAACCAACCAACGAACACUAUGGAUGAAGCGAAUAGGAAUAGUACGAAGCUAGAUAUCGAAGCAGCCAGACUUCAGUCAGUCGCCACCGAGAAAACAAAGCAGGAGCUAGAACCGAAGGAAUCGUACAAAAAACUAUCGGAAUCGGAGCUCGAUCAGGCCAACGCAGUUAUUCCCGAACCGGACGCAAGUGGUGCCACCAUGGUACGCGAAAACGGCAACUACAAGGAUGGUGAGGAUGAACGGAUGCUCAACGGUAACGGAGCCGGUGAUGCGGCCACGGAUAAAGACAAACUUGCCCAGAAGGAGGUCGAAGUGAAAUUUAUCUCCGAGCAGAAUGGCGACGCUCGGAUCGAUUUGGAAGUGGAACGUCAGCAAACCUUCUCCGGCAUGACCAAGGAAGAGCUAAUGAAGUUCGCUAAUGAUCCGUUCUGGAUCCGUUUGCGCUGGUUUCUAUUCGUUCUGUUCUGGGGUCUUUGGAUCGCCAUGUUGGCCGGAGCCAUCUACAUUAUUAUGGAUGCGCCCAAGUGUGCCGCCCCAGUUGCGCUGAAAUGGUGGCAGGAAGGACCGCUUGUGCAAAUCGACGAGCGUGACUACAAGAACCAAGCGGAGACGGUGAAACGGUACGGUGCGAAGGGGGUCAUCUACGAGCUGUCAGCGGAUGAGACUUAUUUGGUUAAUACGGCUUCGGUGGAGAACAAAAUUAAGGAACUGGUUGGAACGUUCAACGUAAACGACAUCAAGGUAAUCCUGGAUCUCACCCCCAACUUUGUCACCAAGGACGAUCAGCUGUUCAAGGACGCCCUAGCCAGUCCUGGCUCUCCCUCGCGCUCAGCUUUCGUUUGGAAGGAAUCCGGAUCAACACCGACGAACUGGCUAGCCGUUACCGGUGGUGGUUCCGCCUGGAAGGAAGUCGCUUCGCAACAAUUUGUCCUCGCCCAGUUCGGAGCCGAUCGGAUUGAUUUGCAGCUGAACGAUCCCAUCGCAAAGGAUAAGCUCAAAACGACGCUGAGACAUUUGGUCCAACUGGGCGUCCGAGGAUUCCGACUGGCUAACGCGAAGCACUUUAUCGUUGACCGCGAUGGUAAAAACGACGUGAACGCCGAGGUUGAAGAUAAGACUCUUUCACACACAGACUAUGGAUUCUGGACGCACGCACAUACGACCUACCAGGACGGAUUGGGAGCUCUGCUGCACGAAUUGACAAUGGAUGUCAAGAAUGCCACCAGCGGAGAAGGCUUUUUGUCAGUUAGCGAGGACAUCACUCGUCCGGAAGUAUUCUCGGUCGGCGGUAAACUAGGAGUAGAUCUGCCUGAGUUUGGAAAUGUUGAAAGUGUUCUGCGCCAACCGUUGGGAUCCGAGUCUGCGAAGUUGAUUCGUGAUGAUAUCCGCAAAACUUUCGGCGAGAUCAACAAGUACGCAUCCGCGGAAAGUGGCAAGCCGUGGAUACAGUGGCCUUACGAUAAGAGCUCAAUGUCCCAGAUUGCCGCCUCUGAGUACAAUGUAUUUAUGUUCCUACUUCCGGGAGUUCCGGUAGUCCCACUGGAUGUUCUUACCGCUGGUAAUGGAAGUCUUGUGUUGAUGGAACAUCUUGAAAAGUAUCGGGCUUCGCCGUCCUAUCAGCACGGAACUUUUGCCAUUUACAAUGAUGCCAACGCAACUUCCGUUGGUUAUACCCGGCAAAAAUCCGGUAAUCCAGGCUAUUUCGUCGCACUGAAUUUAGCUGAACAGCAGGUCGAGGCAGACUUUAGUCAGGUGGUGGGUAUUGCGGAUGAGUUAACCGUCGUUCUCAGCAGUGAGAAUUACCGCGUACCGGACAUUGCCGUCAAGAGCAAAGUUCCUUCCAAUGCGGUUCCACUUUCGGGUCGAUCAGCCCUCAUCACUACCUAUGUUCCCAAGCAAGGGUAAGUUACGUAGAUGUUUCGAGGAAUGGCCAAUCACCAUAAUGUCCUACAUGUUAAGAAUUAUUGUGGUUCUUGAUUUGUGGAUUAAGCAACGAUGACCUUCUGCAGAAAACUAAAAUAUCUACUCAUAAAUAUAUUAUUACUUGCAUUUUGCUGAAAACUAAGCAGAACAAAUAGAUUGAAUGUAGAAUUCAAUAAAAUAUUAGCAUCCAUGAA